UAUUCAACGAGUAGCAAGUAGGCUGGAAAUUGACCACCGGUGGUGGAAGGUCUGGUGAAGAAGAGGAGGAGGAGGAAUCAUCAGUGGGAAUCUGGCAGCCCUCAAGCAGCAGGAUCCCAAUCUAACAGCAUUAUCCCCAACCUGGAAGGAGUAAAGUGGUGGGAAAUUAUGACUUCCAGUCAGUCAUCAUCAUAAAGCUCCGUUCAGCUGACGCCAGCCUUGAAGCCCGCGCUAUUUCAGCUGUUGAAAAAAAGGCAUCGAUCAAAUGAUCUGGAUAAUCGAGGGCCGAUAGGGAUGGAACGCAACAGAGCCAUGGUAGCGUUUUUGAUCCUUGUUGCUCAGAAUCAACACUGACCUGGCACCCAGACCGAGGUCGGCCUCCUUCCCCCGACGACCUUUCUUUCCCCCAGCGACUACUUUGCCCUCCAUCUGACCUCCCGUCAGAGCUCCUGGCCUUGAUCAUACCUUCACAAAAAAACUAGUUUUACUCUUUCAAGGUCUGUCUACUUUUUUUUUUUUUUUACAUCCCCUCUCAUGCUUUAUCUUCCAAACUGUUGGUUAUAAUCCACACUCUCAUCAAAAGACUCAAGUACCCUAAAAGAGACUAAAAGCUGGUGGCUGAACACCAUGAAUCCAGUCAUGUACCCCCUUCCGCUUUCUCUAAGCAAACAAGGGCGCCAGGCGUUGUUGUCCAGAACGCGGCCCCAUAGUCUCAUAACGGACUGGUGCCUAAUGGGCCUGCUAGGCCUCAUUGGGCUCUUCAGCCUGGCCUCGAGCCAGAAAAUGGACCCUUCCAAACACCCCUUAGUUACCACCAACUACGGUAAGAUCAGAGGCAUCAAGAAGGACUUGAACAAUGAGAUCUUGGGUCCUGUAGAGCAGUACCUCGGCGUCCCCUAUGCCACGGCACCCAUCGGCGACCGCCGCUUCCAGCCGCCCGAAGCCCCGGGGUCCUGGCAGGAGAUCCGCAACGCCACCCAGUUUGCCCCCGUGUGCCCUCAGAAUGUCCACGGCGUGCUCCCGGAGAUUAUGCUGCCCGUGUGGUUCACCGACAACCUUGACGUGGCGGCGGGUUACAUCCAAAACCAGAGCGAGGACUGCCUCUACCUCAAUAUCUACGUGCCCACUGAGGAUGGUCCGCUCACAAAAAAACACGAUGAAUCUUCAAUGAACAAGCCUCGAGACGAAGAUAUCCGGGACCGGAGGAAGAAGCCGGUGAUGCUGUUCAUCCAUGGCGGCUCCUACAUGGAGGGCACCGGAAACAUGUUUGAUGCCAGCGUCCUGGCGGCCUACGGCAACGUGAUCGUGGUGACCAUGAACUACCGGCUCGGCGUGCUCGGCUUUCUCAGCACAGGUGAUCAGUCCGCCAAGGGGAACUACGGCCUGCUGGACCAGAUUCAGGCGCUGCGCUGGCUCAACGAGAACAUCGGCCACUUUGGCGGCGACCCGGAUAGAAUCACCAUCUUCGGUUCCGGAGCUGGGGCGUCCUGCGUCAACCUCCUCAUCCUCUCCCACCACUCGGAGGGUCUGUUCCACAGGGCCAUAGCCCAGAGUGGAACCGCCAUCUCCAGCUGGUCUGUCAACUACCAGCCCCUCAAGUACACAAAGAUCCUGGCCCGCAAGGUGGGCUGCACCUACACAGAGACGGCCGACCUGGUUGACUGCCUGAGGCGCAAGAACUUCAGGGAGCUGGUGGACCAGGACAUCCAGCCAGCGCGAUACCACAUCGCCUUCGGCCCCGUGGUGGACGGAGACGUGGUGCCCGACGACCCUGAGAUCCUCAUGCAGCAGGGGGAGUUCCUGAACUAUGACAUCCUUAUAGGAGUGAACCAAGGAGAGGGGCUGAAGUUUGUGGACGACAGCGAGGACAACGACGGCAUCUCAGCGGCCGCAUUCGACUACACCAUCUCCAACUUUGUUGACAACCUCUAUGGCUACCCUGAGGGCAAAGACAUCCUGAGGGAGACCAUUAAAUUCAUGUACACAGACUGGGCGGACAGGGACAAUGGCGACAUGCGGAGGAAGACGCUCCUAGCCCUGUUUACGGACCACCAGUGGGUGGCGCCCGCUGUGGCCACGGCCAAACUCCACGCAGAGUUUCAGUCGCCGGUUUACUUCUACACCUUCUACCACCACUGCCAGACGGAGACGCGCCCCGAGUGGGCCGAUGCCGCCCACGGAGAUGAGAUACCGUACGUGUUUGGCGUUCCCAUGAUCGGUGCUACAGAUCUGUUCCCGUGCAACUUCUCCAAGAAUGAUGUGAUGUUGAGCGCCGUUGUCAUGACUUACUGGACCAACUUCGCCAAGACUGGGGACCCCAACCUGCCAGUCCCUCAGGACACCAAGUUCAUUCACACCAAACCCAACCGCUUUGAAGAGGUUAUCUGGACCAAGUUCAACUCGAAGGACAAGCAGUACCUGCACAUUGGAUUAAAACCCCGCGUCAGAGACAACUACAGAGCUAACAAGGUGGCCUUUUGGCUGGAAUUAGUCCCCCACCUCCAUAGUCUACAUGAGGAGCUCUUCCCCACUACGACCCGCUCUCCAGCAGGCCCGGGCCACGUCACCCCCAGAUCGGGCCGCGGCCCAACCCGUCACCCUUACCCCACCUUCGCCUCUGAUCCGGACCUCGACGGUUCGGAGCGUCCGCGACCGGAAAUCUUCCCCGGAGACACCCGGGAUUACUCCACGGAGCUGAGCGUGACAGUCGCCGUGGGGGCGUCGCUCCUCUUCCUCAACAUCCUGGCAUUCGCUGCCCUUUACUACAAGCGUGACAAGCGGCACGAGAUGCGGCGCCACCGGCUGUCUCCUCAACGCGGCGGGACGGCCAACGACCUGGCUCACAGCCAAGAGGAGGAGAUCAUGUCCCUGCAGAUGAAGCACUCGGAGCACGACGCUCACCACGACAUGGAGCCCCUCCGGCCCCACGACAUCCUACGGCCCGCCUGCCCGCCCGACUACACGCUGGCACUGCGCCGGGCCCCCGACGACGUGCCGCUAAUGACACCCAACACCAUCACCAUGAUCCCCAGUACCAUCACCAGCAUGCAGCCACUUCAUGCCUUCAACACCUUCCCCUCCACCGGCCACAACAACACCCUGCCCCAUCCCCACUCCACCACCAGGGUAUAGUAGGAACUAGCACGACACAGCGCCACCUUUGGACUGGGGAGAGUGGCUCUGCUGGGGAUCUAGAAGGGAGGCCCCUGGAUGUGGGUCCUUGUUCUCUUCUCGUAUUCACUUUCUCCACAAACAACACACCUCCUCCAUUGUGUGCUGUCAAACUCAGCAGCUCCACCGGUGUCGUGUGGAGAAGCAACUGAACUGCAUGGCAGCAGAUGAUCCGUUCAGGGGCGAUUUAGAUUGUUCAAAGAUCCGGUUUUCUAAGGUAUGCCGUUUCCAGACUAAAGCCCCCUGACACUACGCUAAGAGACAAAUGACUUUUGGCCCUCAAGGUUUUCUUCCUCUUCUUCUUUUCUCUCCCUGGCGUGCUACGUGCAUUUAGCGAUCUCUUUUCUACAUCUUUGUCUUAUCCCUGCUUUGUUCCUCUCAUUCAUGGGAUUCUUUCCCUCUCCCCUGCGCUCCUUUGCUCCAGGAACUCACAUGGUACCGAGCCGUAGGAGGGGGCCACUAGUAAUCAUUUAGCUAGGAAAACGUCGAUAUCUGAUACUGUCAUUCUACCAGCAUUCUUGGUGCCAAGUAUGUACUACUGUGUUUGCUUUUCAUCGAGGGAGAAAAAACAAAAGAAAAUCCUUGAGUAUUCCUAUUUACUGUCAAUUAACAGAUGAUGUGUGUUCUCAUGACAAAGUGCCAAACUGGCCCUCGAUUGUGUUCCUUUUUCUUUCUUUCAUGUUUUUCUGUUCAAGCAUUUGUUUAGUUGUUGUCUUUUGUGGAAAGAUCUUUUGCUGAAAAUAUAGAUAUAGAGAAAUGAUAUUAUAUAUAUAGUUAUAUAUAAAUGUGUACAAAGGAGAAAGUA